CUCGGAAGCAACCAACAUUACCGGAAAGCGAUGUGUCUUCAUACGGUAGAUCGCGUUGUAUGAUACCACAUGCGAUGUUCGUCUGCACAUGUUGUUGCAACGUCCAAAAGAAAGUUGAUCUCGGGCUGGCGAAGUAUGUUGAGAGGUUAAGUUAGGAAUGAGAUGUUUUGGAUCAAGUGGCAUCGAACGCCUGGCUUCUUCAACGUCGCCCACCUUGGCACAAUAUUUGGUCGUAAAAGAGAGCAGAGGAUGGCUUCGCACUUGGCCGAACACGGCGACAGCGAUGGCGAAGACACAUCUAUGACGAUCGGAGACCGUCGUCGCUACCGCCGGCGUGCCCGACGCAGGCAAGCGAAUGAGCAAAAGCAGCGAGAGGUCGCUGGAGACCUGCUGGAGCCUUGGCCGGCACUGGACGUCAGCCGAAGGCCAGCAAGAGGUCUGACGGGCUACGAGUGGUGGCGUUCGAUCGGUAGUCCAAGAUUCGUGUGCGCUCCGAUGGUCGGCGGUUCAAGCCUGGCUUUUCGCAUGCUGGUUCGGAGAUAUGGCUGCGACCUUGCGUUCUCACCCAUGAUCGACGCCGCGGGUUGGCGUUGCGGCACAACUGUUUCAAGACGAGAUCGUUUUUUGUGGUCUAAGCCGCUUGUCGGCGACGUGCCUCUCGUGGCACAAUUGGCCGGCGACGAUCCUAAGACCGUUGCUGCGGCGGGUCGAGAUGUAGCUCACGCUUGCGACGCCAUCGAUUUGAAUUGCGGCUGUCCGCAGCCAUGCGCAGAGCUCGGUCGUUACGGUGCAUUUUUGUUGUCCAUGCCAGAUUGUAUUGAGGCCAUCGUGCGGGAAUGUGUCCAUUCUGUGCCAGAGGUACCGAUCACGGUGAAGCUGCGGAAGCCUUCCAAUCGUGCGGAGGAUAUGUUGGCGUUGGCAGCGCGGCUCGAGGCAGCUGGUGCAUCGGCAUUGACUGUCCACGGAAGAACGAAGGAGCAGAUCGGUCAGUUCAAGGGUGUUGCCGAUUGGGACGUCGUGGCGGCAGUGAAACAAAGGGCGAGCAUCCCGAUCAUCCUGAAUGGAGGUAUUGGUUCACGUGAGGAUGCGUUGCGCGCGUUGCAGGUCACUCGUUGUGAUGCCGUUAUGUCUGCGGAGGCGUUGUUAGAGAGACCUACGUUGUUUGCAGAAGAACCGCCUCUUAAUCACUAUCAGAUUGUGGAGGAGUUCCUAGACUUGGCUCGCACAUACCACACGCCACCCAAGGCUCUGAGCGUGAAUAUGUUUGCUUUGUUGCACGGUGCGUUUCAGCGACAUCCUGAGGUGUACGCCCGAGCACCAGACAGAGGUGGUGUGGAAGCUUGGGCCGGAUGCGUGCGAGAGUUGCAUCAAUGCAGUAUUGUGAAAACUUAUUCGCCGUCAACGACAUGUCCUGGACCAUGGUAUUUGCGGCACCGUUGAUAAGUUGCAGCUCUUGGGAAAUCGGCUGCUGGACACGAUUCGAAGGCACAAUGAUCUGAGGACAGUACCACCAAUGGAUGCGUUGCAUUGAUUGUCCUCGGAUCGGGAUCUUGGCCUGGUGAUUAUGGUAGCGCCUGUAUGGAACAGAGAUGUUCAAGGACAGUCGAGGUUGGGCACUGGUGGAGUUCGCCUCUGCCAUUCAAUGCCUAUCAUAAUGAUUCGCCCGUGAGCUCACAAAAACAAUCGGGCUGAAGGCACGUCUCUUAUCAGGAAUGUCUUGUGCAGAACUAAAGCAUGCCUGCGUUCAUUCAAGCAUCUCGGUGUAAACUAUUGUGGGAUCGAUGGUGAUCCGCUGCAUUUAAAACAAGUUCCAGGAGCAUCAGUAGAAGCAGCACCAGCUUGAGAAGGAAGGGUGGAAAGCAGAGGGAGUCAGAAUGUCUUCUCUCAUGGUGGAGCAAGUAAAGAAGCGACUACACGUGUUACAGUCCCCACAGCCGACAGGUUGCAUUACUUGAGCGCCGUGGUGCCAGCAGGCGGGCGGGCGGAGGGACUUACACUGAAUUUGGCGGGCGGAGGAACUUACACUCAUGUCGGUUGGCACAGGGCUCCAGCCGGCCGCACGACAGGGAGUGCUAUGCAGCGCUUACAAACA